UUUAUAGCGACAAGGGAAUUAUAGGUAGAGUGACAAGUGAUUGUAAUAAACUACACGUCAGAGGUGUAUCUAGAGGAUGCCCGUAUAACAUAUCAGCAGGGUAAUCUUUUAGUAGGAAAUAUAUGUAACCUGUGUGAAAACUGACAGUGUGACAUUUCAAAUAUGUGCUCUCAAAACCACGUAGAGAAAAAUAAAGGAACGAAGUGAAAUAAUGAGAGCGAUAAGUGUCAACUGCAGCGCCUCCGCCACCAGUUCGCUAGCGCAUUUAUGUGUACACAAGGCUCGGGCUAGGCAUCCAAAGUGUUCUGUGUAGACCAGGCUGAUAGUAUUGCCCUCCCUGGUCAUCCUGUUCACCCGUGUAGUCACUAGCUGGUGCAGGACUAGUGAGUGUAUCAACCUACCAAGCCAACACAUCGAAUUAGUGAAGGAAGAUAACUUUAGACGAUCAAGGGACUUGGCCUCAAAGGUCAACCAGUCUUUUAGGGAAGAGUGAGAGAAGAAGAACAAGAAGUGUGGGACCUUCAGUAGUCACCAUCGCCACCUGGAGUAUACCUGGAGAGAGUUCCGGGGGUCAACGCCCCCGUGGCCCGGUCUGUGACCAGUCCACCUACUACCAUCACCACCACCAGCACCACCUACUACCAUCACCACCACCAACGCCACCACCACUGCUCUCUCCCACGCUUACUACACUUCCCACGUGCUCCUCACUUUAACUCCAGCUAAUUUCCUGUCAGGAACCCUUCUUAGUGGAAUCCUCUAGUGAUAGUCAUUCUCUAGUCAUUUAUAUAUACAGCCUCUAAUUAUCUUUCAUUUAGAUAUUACGUCUACAUUUUUUUAGUUUUCUUAUUAUAUUUGCUUUAUGUUUUUAUUUUAAGUCUUAUCAUUGUCAGGUCUUUUAUUUAAACUCUUCCCUCGAGGCACAAUCUGAAUCUCGUGUUAGUGUUGUGUGUGGAGGGUAGCAGGAAGGACAAGGGUCGUGUGUGAGGGCAGUAUUGUGGUGUGUAGCGCCUUCCUUGAACCCCCCCACCCCAUCAUCCUGGUUCUAGGCUGGUAACCCAAGCUCUGCCCGCACCAUCUAGGUUCCCCCCAUCACGCACGCUCCAUCUAGGUGCCCCACCACCUACCCACCAUCCACGCACCAACUAGGCGCCCCCCACGCAUUAUCUAGGUUCCUUCCCCACCACCCACGCACUAGCAAGGUUCCUUCAUCACCCACACACUAUCCAAGUCCCAUCCCCACCACCCACACUGCUCUGCCCAACUGAUUAUAUCUUCCAGCCCAGGAUUGUCUCAGACUUUCAUCUCACUUUCCCUACAUUAUCUGAACAUUCAAUUUUACUCAAUUUAGAGUUCAAGUGCACUGUGAUAUAUUUCAUAUUUUUUCUUACUCAUAUUUCGUGUGGUCUCAUAUAUAAUCAAGUUUAGUCACUUUUCGACAUUUCUUGAGUUGUGUUGGUGAACAUAGUGUUGGUGAGCGUUGUGUUGGUGAACGCUGUAUUGUAGUGGUGUCUUCUUCACUAGACUCCAAGCUACGGCAUCAUGAGUGGUGGCUUAACUGCAGCAGGACUGCUAGCAUUACUUCUGGCAUUUAUUGGGCUGGGAGUAGGGAUCUACUAUGCCUACAUUUGCCUUCGAGCUCGGCCACUGCGAUCCAAACCCCCAACUGAUCCUGAACAAGGACCCUUGAUCAGCCCUGAUCCCGAUUUCAAUGGUAAUGUUGAAGAUGCACCUUUGGAAGCUUCUGCCCCAGUGGAGGAUGAUGUGGACACCAAGGACAAAGCUUCUUUAGAUGAGCCUGAUAGUAGCAAUGAUAAAGUUAAACCACCAGUCUCUGAUCUUUCUGAUGAUGCUAACAAAUCAAGUGGGACCCCCAAACCAAAUGACAAUGUUCUUGUUCCAGUCGAGGAUGAAACUCCGCCAGCUAAACUUAUGCACAAGAGAGAAAAUGUUCCUUCUAUGAAUCAUGUUGCUCCAUUAGGUUUUGUUACUCCUGUUCUACAUGAACCUUCACCUGAUCAAUGCCCACAAAAUAUUCGGCCUAUUCCACAGCCCCUGCCAGAGAUCAAGGUAUCCCCUGCCAAGAAUGCACCAACUCCUGUGUAUAUUCCUGUGCCACCCACCAGUACUAAAAAGCCUUUAGCACUGAGUGAUGAGGAGGAUGGUUUAUUGUUGCAGGAAUGUUUCCCAGAUGAUGAUAGCCUUGAUCAAGAAUGUACUCCUAAACCCACUUCAUUUGUACCUGAUGAAAAACUAGAAAAUUCUCCUCAAAAUGAAGAACCUGAGGUCAGUGCUCUUCCACUAAAAGAAGACCAGAUUCAGAAUGCUCCUGCAUGUGUGCCUCCCAAUGUAGCAGCAACUACACUCUUGUCUGAAACAGUACAUCCAAAGAGUCAACUUGAAAAUCCAUCAUCCACAGCCAACCUUAAAUCUAUUCAGCCUGUGCCUGCACCUCAGUCUGCUGAGCCAAAGAUUUGUAUAGCACCUCAACCACCAUUUAAUUAUGGAUGGAAGGAAGAUGUUGCACAUGUGGGUAAAGCAGAAGAACCAGUCACUUCUGAAUUAUCAGUUAACCAAAUUUCUCCUUUGCUAAUGAAAGAAGAUAUUGAACAGCUUCAUCCUAUUCAAGAUGCCCAUGAUUUGGUGCCAAUAAAUAAGGAUAAACUGGAUAAACCUGAAGAAAUAUCAAGUGGAAAUAAUAAUUCAAAACAUGAGUUAUGCUCACUUUCUCCAGACAGUUCUGCAAAAGAACUUCCUUUACAACCAAAAGUGAUUCCUAUAAUUUCACUGCAGCCAUUAGAUGAUAAUGAGAAUACUCCUAAAACCAAAUCUGCACAUGGUCCAAAGAUGAAUGAGACAGUACCUGGAGACAAAACAGAUUGCUCUCCUCCGGUAUAUUUAGAACCCAGCCAACCUGAAGAAAUAUUAAGAAAUCCCUCCGAGUCCAGCGUGUCAUCUGAAGAGGCUGUGCCACCAUACACCGAAGCAAGUGAAAGCAAUGUACCCGAGAGUGGAACAACAGAGGAAAGCCCAGAAGCUGUCAUAGAGUCAUCAGUAGAUGACAGGAAAAGGCAACCACUUGUUGACAGUUGCAAACCACUCUUUGUUGUUAAUGUUCCCUUGGAAUCUCCAUUUGAAAAUUCUACAGAGGCUUCUACUGUUCUAGAUAAGCCAGCAUUAAAAGAACCUUCACAAUCUAAGACUGAGGCUCCUUUGCAUGCUUCUGGCAUUCCAGAUGAAAUUUUAGCAGAUAUUCCUUUGAAGGCUUCAGCAGAUACUUCUAUGGCUUCAGCAAAUGUUCCUUCCAAGGCUUCAACACAUGUACCUUUAGAGGCUUCUGAUAUUCCUCUGGAAGCAUAUAUUUCAAACACUGAUGAGCAGUAUGAUUCCACUGAAGAAGACGGUAACUCUUUGGGAAUCAUUAAAGAGGAGGGCAGUGUUGAUACUGAUUCAGAGACUACUGAAACUGACAGUAGUGAGCCAGAAGUUACUGAAUAUACACUUUCUUCAGGCCGAUUUGCUCCCUCUACCUCGGCUGUUCUGGCAGAUGAAGUUAGUUGUGCUUUGGAGCCUGAGGUAACAAAAUAUUCUCGUAUUUCUGAUGUAGAAGCAUUUUGUGAUUCAGAUCUUGAUGACUCUGAGCAUUCUGAUUCAGAUGAUUAUUUGUCAAAAUCUGUGGGUAAUAAUGACAACAACAAGGAGAGCAAACAAACUAAUCUUGAUUCAUCACAAGAUAAACCUGAUUCAUCAAGUCAUUGUGCACCAUCUCUUAAGGACACACUGCCAAGCACUGUAGACCUAGAGGACUUGCAUUCAGAUGUGUUAGCUUCUGUCACAAGUUCUAAUGAUGGUUAUUCUCGGUCACCAGACCCCAUAAACAUUCUGUCAAGGCAUAAAUCAAAUUCAGAAAGUUCUGAUACAGAAUCUGAAGGAGUAGAAGCUGAAGCAGGGUGCUUGGAAGAAAUAGUUAAAAUGCCAACUGCUGUCCACAAGGAACCCCCAUUGAUCCCUGCCAAUGCAUCACCUGGUGUGCCUACACAUCCUCAGACUUGUAGUUCCCCUCCUGUUCCCUCACAGCCUCAAACUUCAUUGGAUAAUAAUACAGAAGCUCCAGUGGAAGUUAGUGAUCCUCACCUUAAAAAUUUGCUGAAUGUGAAAGUGCCUAAUAAAGUUCCUCAAGAACUUCCUGAUUCUGCUGAGGAAGAUAUGCUCUCCUCUUCCUCUUCUGCAUCUGAUUUGUCUGAUGAUAAUAUAACAACAUCAACCCCAAAGAAAUCUAAAAUCCCUAGAUUAUUUAAUCAUAAUGAAUCAUGAUUUUAUAUUGCUCAUUAUGGUGUAAUGUGAUAAAUGAUGAAGUAUGUAGUGAAAAGACUUAGAGCAAAAUAAUGAAAUUGGAAGCAAAGGCUUUAAAAUGUGCCCAUGAAGUAAUUUUUUAGAACUCAUUAAACAUAUUACUGUGAUUAAUAAAUUAGCAAUGAGUCUGAUUGACCAAUAUAUGCAUCAUCUAAUGCUUAGUUAGUUUGGUUUGGUAUGUGCACUUGUAAAUGCAGUAACUAUAAAAACAAAUUUAAUAUAAUGCUGUAUUAUAAAUUACAUAUAAUGCUGUAUUAUAAAUUAUAAUUAUAAUUAGUUAUUAUAAAUUAGUAAUUAUUUACAAUUCACAAACUGAUGUAGAAUUUAGAGUAGUGUAUAACUGAAUUUUUGCAUAUAAUUAAGAUUAAAAAGCAGAGGUGAUAUUUAGAAUAAUUUUUUUUUUAUUGGUCCUAUCAACAUGUGUAGUGUGCCAAAAGGAAUCUAGGAGAAUGUACUUGGUCAUUUACAAUGUGUUCUUUUAAUUAGUAGAAAGUUGUCUGUUGCUUGGCUGUUGAACUGAUAAAGUGUUUAAUACAAGUGUUGUUGCAUCAAGCCAUCACGUUUUAGUGUUGGAUGUGUUGUCAUGAGAUUUUCUUUUAUGUGUAAAACCAAUGUUAGUGUUUAUAUAGAAGUAUGCAGCAAGGAUGCUUAUGUGAAUUAGGAGAACUUUUGUUUCCAUAACAGGUUGAGCUAUUAAAUCUUGUCUGUAUACUGUAUAUAUAAUAAUGUACUAACUUGUAUGUUAUGUAGUGGACACUUAUGAGGCUUAUAAACUUCAAAAUACUAUUAGCUUUGUAUACAGUGUUGAAAAGUAACUUCUGAUAUAUGUUAUUUUGUAAAGCAAAGUUACUAAUGUGGAACUAUUUUCUUGAGAGUUGUGUUUUCAAGGCCUGGCCCUCAGGUCAGACUUUAUUGUUAACUGCCUAACCAAUCAGACUGUUGCUGCCAGCAAAUGCUGCCUAUAUAGCCACUUUCUGCAAGGACUGAUUUACUUUCCUCUUCAAAACUUCUAUAGUACUUUCUACAAUUACCUUUGUUCCAGCAAUGUUUCUCAUAUAUGCUGCUGAUAUACCUUUGUUCUAGCAAUGUUUUUUAUGCAUGUUGCUGGUACACCCAUGUUCUAGCAAUGUUUUUCACAUCUACUGCUGGUAUACCUUUGUUCUAGUAAUGUUUCUCACAGCUGCUGCUGGUAUACCUUUGUUCUAGUAAUGUUUCUCACAGCUGCUGCUGGUAUACCUUUGUUCUAGUAAUGUUUCUCACAGCUGCUGCUGGUAUACCUUUGUUCUAGUAAUGUUUCUCACAGCUGCUGCUGGUAUACCUUUGUUCUAGUAAUGUUUCUCACAUCUACUGCUGGUAGAAGGUUGAAGAGUUUUGAUCAUUGUUACGUUGAUUUUUUUUUUUUUUUUUGCAGAUCAUUUAGAGUUUCUUUCAACAAUUUAUAGUUUCCCAGUUUUUUCAGAGCACUGUGAACUGCCACAGUUCAAGUACAUGAAAUUUUGGUUUUUGGAUAAUAGAAUGUAGCAAUUGUACAUGAUGUAUAAUAUGCUUUUUUUGCUUGAUUACUUUCACAUUCAUAACACUUUUUGUGAUUUGUAAUAUUAUUUCAUGUAGAGAAACUUUUAGCAUUACUGAGUUAUGCACUUUCAUAACAUAUUUUUUGAAAAGCAGUAUAUAGUGUUUAUACAACUGCAGUUUUUUAAUAGCAUUUUCAAGAAAUUAUUACCUUUCUUGUUUUUAUUAAUUUGUUCUGUAUAGAGUGCAUUACAAAAGUGUUUGUUUUGAAGUAUAAAAAUGAUUACUGUACUCUUAAAUAUUUUUUAUGAAAGGUUAUUAAUCACUCCAUAGUAAGUACUGUAAAUACAAGCUUCAUAUGUAGCUUUAAAAAUCAGCCAUAUAGGUCCCAUGAGGCCAUGGGAAAAUGAACCUUGUUAAGAGGAGGGACCAGAAGCUAGGACUCAACCCCUGCUACUAAAAUACGUAAGUACAGUGGGGUUAUAUUAAUGAGUAUAAUUAAUGAAAAUAAAAGAAGGAUCAGCUAACUUAAAUUUGAUCUAUUUUGUUAUACAGAGCACAAGUAUAUUUUUUAUAGCAACAAAGAAAAGUAUUACAUUUUAUGGUUAAAAUAUAAAGCUGAAAGAUGGUGGCACUAUGAACCAACGUGUUACCUGUGACACAUUUUACCUUAUAAGAUAACUUGUUACCAAUAUGUAACACCUUAGAAUAAUGUAGUAUAAAAAUAUUUGUUCAAUACAGACUGUAAGAGUAGAUAGCAUUAAAUAUUUAAAUGUGAUUAACAUUAUUGUGUAAUAUAUAUCCAAAUUUCAUUUCAGAGUACAGUAAAUAAUUUAAAAAAAUGAUUAUUUUAAAAUGAAUUUUACAAGUACACUAUAUGUCUUAAUUACUUAUGUAUAUAGUUUACUACCAGUUUUUAAUGUGUUAUCAAAUUAUUAAGCUUUCAUUUACCCAUGUCUGCAGCUGUCUUCUAAAUGGCAAUUUUUUAGAAAUCUUUCAGCACAAGUUGAUUGUGCUGCUCUGCAUUUGGAAUGAGGUCAUUAUUAUGCCAAUACACUUUCCUAACGUGUAUUAAUCUUAUGUAGUAAUUUUUUUUUUUUGUAAUUUAUUAAGUAUUAGAACUGAGCAUUAUAUUUCACAAGCAGUGUAUAUGGUAUACAGUGCUAUACUAAGUACUGAUUAGGAGUGAAUAAUGCUUGAGCUUUAAUAUCUUGAAUUUUUACAUUUAAUGGACUUUUUAUUAUUAUUUUUUAGAUGUGCAAACAUAUUUGUUAGGUUCAGUGUAUAAUUUUUUUAAGUAUGAGCAAUAACUUUUGUAAAAACUGUAAAUGACAAGAUAUGUUACUCAUAAUAAUUACUAGAAAUGAGAGUUGAUCGUAAACAUUCAUUCCUUAUAGUAUUUUGUUUUGAAAACUAAAUACGUAUAAUGUUAUAUUGACUAUGUGUGUAUUAUGUGUGAAGGGUUCUGAGGUUCACUCUCAGCCUGGUCUCAGACCACAUCUCCUAUGUUGGAAAGAAAAUGAUACAGGACCAGAAGCUAGUAGGAAAUUCACUGAAAAAUAAUGAUAAAUAUACAGGCAUACCUCGUUAAUAUGGUCCUCACGAAAAUUUUGCUAAUACAGCACUUUUCAGUUAUAUUAAUGUUUAUUGUUUUCAUUGCUUGCCUUGCUUUUAAGACGGGUUUUGGCAGUUUUCAUUUUUUUUUUUUUUGUUAUUUUUAAUUUUGCUUUUUUUUUAGGCAUAGUGUUAUUGUGCAUUUAAUAAAUGAGAAUGUAAACAUGCUUUAAGGCUUUUAUAUGCACUGGCAAGUGUGAUUCGCUUCAAGGCGAUGUUCACUUUAUGGCAGCGGUCUGGAACCUAACUCGAUGUAAUAGUGAGGUAUGCCUGUAUGCAGAAUAUAACUAGAAUGUCAUAAGAUUGAUUAAGUAUCUAAUGUGUUGAUAAGGCAGAAUGCAGACCAGCAAUCCUGCCCAAGUGCAAAAUAUAAAUGAAAGAAGCUUCUGUCUCACACUUAAUGACAUGACAGUAGUACUUUCCAUAAUGGAUGCUGAAACUAAAGCUUCUUGCUUUAUAUUUCACGUCACAUAGAAAUCAUUAAUUCAUUGUAAAGUGCCGUCACUAUAAUUUUUACCCAUGGUCUUUCUAAGUGAAAAUACAUAUACUGAGAAUGUUUUCUUCUAUAAUUCACUAUCUGUGGAGUUGUCUGUAUCUCUUUGUCAUGAUUAUUGAAAGAGAGAGAGAGAGUGUAUGUGUGUGCAUGUGUAUAUGCAUGCUUGUGUGCAUGAGUGUGUGGGCGAGCGUGAGUGUGAAAGAGUGAGUGUGAGUGAGUGAGUUCACUCUUAACUCACUGUUUGGAGAGGAAGCUCUGACAGUUUUAGACUGGUGCAAGAGGCAUAUUGAGUUUGUAUGUUUCUGUUGCAACAGAAGUUUUUCAAAUAUAAAAAGAUACUUCUUUAAUUGAGAAAUUGGCAUAUGAUUUUGUAUUAUGGUACUGUAAUGGGUUGAAUCAUAUACUCUGUAUUAUUCCAAUAUUUAUAUGCUUUUUUGGUAAGGAAUAAUAUUUACUCUGGUUGUAUUGCAUCUUUUAUUAAAUGCCAUCACUAACACUUAAGUAUUUAUAGUAAACUACAGUUUUAUAUUGUUAAUAAGAAUAGUGUGAAGAAUGAAGAGAAGGCAGGAAUGAUCCAAGGGAUCUCACUGGUGCACUGAUUUGUGUGUUUAUCUGAGGAGCACUGAGUCCCAUCUGCUUUGCAUCAUCCAGGCUGGGUCACACUGCCAAAACACGUACUGUCAUGGCAACUUGGGUGCAGGUUAUCAAUAUGUAGUUGAAUUUCUAGUUCCAUCUCUUUCAAAUAUACAGGGUGACCCAAAAGUCUAGACACAGGCAAAAUUGCAUUUUUGUAAUAGUUAUAUAGUAAUUUUAAUAAAUAAUAUCUUCAACAUGUUGUCCACCAUUAGCGAUGUAAAGUUAAACACACUUUACAAGAUCACAUGAUCACAAGGCAGUAACUCCAGUAACUGGGGAAAAAAACAGAAUAUUAUGUCCUAUAUGUCCAGACUUUUUGGUCACCCUGUAUAUAGGUGUCCCUUGUUUCAUGCUGGAGAUGUGAUUCAGGUCCUUGUCAUCUGUACUAAACUCAGUCAUGUCAUGAACACUUAAUUAUGCAUUAUAAUAAUCUUCAGUGCACUUUACAAACUGUGUUGUUUGUAUAUGGUGACUGUGAAUCAUAUACAGUAUACGGAUUUGCUGAUAGAAAUUGAACAUCACAUAAUAGUGAAUCCAUAUAAAGUGACGGCAACCAGUAGGGAGAUUGUAAUGCUCAGUUACCAGCAUUAUAAGCACCUGACAUAUAAUAAUUUCUUGUACCUGCCUCACUCUCUAUGAGUAUGUAUGUAUAUAAAAAGUAUCUACUGCAUGACUAUAAAGUCAGUCCUGAUUGUAGUGUAGUCCUACUGAAAGCUUGUUGUGUUGGCUUUAUGCCUCUACAACCAAGUACCUAUAUACAUGACAAGUUGUCAUUUGCAGGGAAUUCCUGUACAGUAAUGUUUAUUUCACUCUCAGACUGAAACUCUUUGUAAUAUACCAGAGAAUUGAACCAGAAGAUUGUGGGCUACUGUGUAUGCUAACUACUGGACCAGCUAUAGUAAUGAGCUUAUAAUGAUGGAUAAGUCUUUAAUGUUGUCAGUCACCUGCUGUCUGCACUCUAGCCAGGGCUCUCAUUACUCCUUCUCUCAUUUGUUUCAAUCUGAGUUAUGUGAGGUGCAGCAUUUUAUGCUUGUUUGUUCUGUAAUUUAUAACAACACCUGGCAGUCCAAUGGGAAAUAGACUAAGCUUGUAGAUUAUGAGGCAAGCACAAGUGAUGGUGAGGGGUAUCUUGAACAAAGGAAUUGGAGCUGUUCUCACUUUCCCUGGAUAGUUUCAUUGUCUCCCUUCCCUCUUGCUGCCCAGUACUGUGGCCAAAGGCCAUGUCACUUUGCCCUGAUGCUUUUUCUUAAUUUAUGGCAUUGGCCCAGCUUAAAUUUUAGAUUCUGUUUGUUGCUACUUUGUAGGUUUUGACUUUUGACAUAGUUUUUUAUUAUGUUAUAUGGACUAUGUCUUGAGACUCCAAAGUUGUCUCCCUCUUUGUUUUAUUGUGUAUUUUUAUGACUUAUUUAGGUUUUGACGUGGCUUGAGUUUUGGAUUUGUGUUGCUGCCUGCACUUUGUAGGCUACACCCUGCUCUGUUGCCUCUACAUAUGUUUGCUGCAUUUUAGGGUUUGAUCUGGACUUAAUUUUAUAUUCUGUUAUGUGAACUAUGCCUUAUGGGAUUUUUCCAAGUCUUGGCUUUCCUGUAAUAUGGACUUAGUGUAGAUUGUUACUACCAGGUUUGGACCUGGCUCAAAUUUUGGAAUCUGCUGGUUGACUGCACCCUGUGGGCCAUGCCUUCCUCUUUUUGACUUCAUAUAUUUCUGAUGCCUUCUAGGCUUUGUCCUAUACAGACACUCCUCGCUUAACAACCUACCUGUUUAAUGACCGCCAGGACUUACGACCAGCUUUCCAACCAGUCAGAGUGUAUGCAAGGCGUGUGGAAAAAAUGCCUAAAAUGUUUCGUGAAUAAUUUUGAAGGAUUUGACAAAGACAAACAUGUCUGUUUCAUAAAUAAAAAAAUUGUGGAACUUGCUAACAUGCUUAAUUUAGAUGUUGAAGUGGAAGAUACUGAAAAAUUAGUCGAAUAUGUCGAAGGAGAGCUAACUAAUGAAGAUUUAAUAGAGUUGGAAGCUACACCCUGGACCCCUACAAGUCUUUCCAUUUCCUUGCCUUCAUCUUCCUUACCCAGGCCCUCUACAACUCCUGAUAACCCUGCUGAUAACUCCAAUGAUGAUGCUCCUCACUUAUCAACCAAUUUGCCUAACGACCUAGUCAUAGGAACAGAACUCGGUCGUUAAGUGAGGAGUGCCUGUAUUGUCUUUUUGGCUUUUGUAUGACUACUUUUACUUUCUUUGACUGAUGCUUUUCCUUGAUUCUUUAUUCUGUGACCUGUAUCUGUUUUACAUGACAAUAUCUUGAUUUCAUGACCAGUGUGUUUUUUUAAACACACUGACCAUCUCCCACUGAGGUAAGGUGACCCAAAAAAAGAAAGAAUGCUUUCACUUAUAUGACAUCUUUCAUGUAUGACAUGUUUUGUAUGACGUGUUUUGUACAACAUGUUUUGCACAAUAUGUGCUUUGUAUGAUGUGUUUUGUAUGUGUUAUUUUGUAUGAUGUGUUUUAUAUAACAUGUUUUGUAUGACAUUUUGUAUGACUUAAGUUUUAUGUGGCUUUAUGUCCCCAGUGGACAGCUGACCUUAUGAAUAAAUAAUAUUAAUAAGUGAGCCAAGUACUGUUCCAUAUAUCCCUGACUGACUGAUGCUCAAAAAAUGAUGGAAAGUUUCUUGGUUAUGUGAAUAUGUAUUUGUAUCCUGUCUUCUGGAUCUGUAUCUACAGGAACAUAGCUAAGCUUGUCAUGUGCUGUCUUCUGGACCUGUCACUACAGAAACAUAGCUAAGUCUGUCAUUUGCUGUCUUAUGGACCUGUAUAUAUCUACAGGAACAUAUUUAAGCUUGUGAUGUCCUGUCUUUUGCAUUUAAGAUACCAUCAGUUUUUUUUUUUUGGAAAAUUUCUAGUGGUUGCAGCAUUUACACCUGCUCUUGUUAACCAUUCCAGUACUCCACCACUCUGUGAAGAAAUAUUUUCUUAUAUACUAUGGCAGCUUUUCUUGUUACAGUCAUGACCUAGUUUUGUUCUAGCUGACAGCAUUAAACCAUCUUCCUUGUAUUUCUUUUUAAUCUUGAAUUUGGUUAUUAUGUCUCCUCUGUUCAUGCUCAACAUAGUACAUGUAUGUCUAAUACUCUCAGCCUUUCUUCAGAACUCAAAUUGUUUUUAGCUCUUGAAGCCAUUUCAUAGUUCAUCCUCAGACAUUUUUUAGCCCUUUUUUUCUUGUAGGUGCAGACACCAUACCACUACUGCAAGAUAUAUCAAUUUCAGCAUAAUGUAUGUUAUGAACACCUGUUUUUCAGCAUUUCCGUGACCAUAUAUCUAAAUAUUUUAUAGUUAGCCAGUUUUACAUAGGAAUGUCUCACUAUUUAUGUGAUUAUCUGGUGACCUAUUUGUUUUUGUCAGUGAUGACUGCUAGGUCAAUCUUCUCUCUGAUACUUUUAUAAUUUUAUCACAAUUUGUAUUAUGCAUGAAGCAUGUUUUCACUUUCGCCAUUUUUAUUACUUGGUGCUUAUCCAUAUUAAAGUUCUUCAUCCAAGUACAAGUCAUACUGUAAGGGUAGUCAUUCUCAUGUUUAUCAUGCAUAGACUUCUUGCAGCUAUUUGUGUACAUGUUUCCCAUUAUCUGGUGUUGCAGUGUUUAUAUAUAAAAUUUGGAGACCAACUUAUUUUGAAGUACAGUACUGUACUGCAUACAUGAUAAGUGUAUAUGUGUGUGUGUGUGUACUUAUCUAAUUUUAGUUGCAGUGGUCAUGACUCAGCUCCUGGUCCUGACUCUGCUGGCUGCUACUGGUUUCACUUUCUCUGGGCUGUGUGAGCCCUGUCAUACUUAAUCUUAAAAAUAUAUUUUGAUUCUGCAUCUACCACUUUGCUGUCUAGGUCAUUUCACUUCCUAUCCACUCUAAGUUUGAAAAAAGUGUUUUCUAACAUCCUUACAGCUCAUUUGUGCUUUUAACUUUAGCUGUGACCUUGUGUACCUCAGACUCUCCCAGUCCACUCUGUCACUUCCUCUUAUUUUGUGCAUCAUAAUCACAUCACCUUUGGUCCUUCUGUCCUCUACUGCCAUCAGGCUUAGCUUCUCUAGCCUUUUAUAUCUCAUAGUUCAUACCCCUCAGCUCUGGGACUUAGUUUCUUUACAUGCAUAACCAGAUGUGCAUUCCAUACUGGCACUGUAUACUCCAAAAUGGACCUGACAUACACCCUGUAUAAGGUUGUGAAUGCCUCCUUCAUAUUCCUGAAACCAACCCUUAAAUUUGCCAGUCUUGCAUUUGUCAAUGUGGUUAUUGGGUUGAUGUGUGCCUCAAGCAAAAUGCUUGGCACUGCUCAUGCUGAGGUCCUCUUCAAGGGAAGUUGCAGCCUUUGUUUCCCAAGCCUGUACACUGUUUCCGGAUGUUUUUGCCCUUCUCCAGUUUUCAUAACUUUGCAUUUGCUAAGGCUAAAUUCCAAUAGCCACUUGUCAGACCAAUCCUGCAGCAUGUCUGGAUCCAUUUGUAGACUUUCCUUGUGUACUCCUGUGUGUAUUCUCAUUAGUUUCACAUCAUCUGUGAACAAGAACACCUCUGAAUCAAUUUUAUCUGUCAUGUCAUUUACAUUUACAAGAAACAGUACUGGAUCAAGUACUGACACUUAUGGAACCUCGCUUAUCAUACUUGUCCAUUCUGACACCUCUUUCUUGACAGUACCUCAUUGCUUCCUUCCCAUUAAGUAUUCUUUGAUCCAUUAUAGUGCUUUCCCUGUAAUUUGUGUCUGCUUCUAUAUUUUCUCUUAUUUUUGCCAGUCUCUUGUGGGGGCAUUGUAUUGAAAGCCUUCUUGCAAUCCAGAAAUAUACAGUCCACCCAUACCUCUCUGUCCUGCAUGCUUGCAUAUGCUUGAUUACCUGUAUGCAUGCAUUCAUGUGUGGAGUACAUAUGUUUUUAUUCAUAUAAAUACAGAGUAUUUAUAUGAAUAUUAGAUAUUUGGUAAGCUUUUGUUUUUAAUAUUAAACACAUCAACUAGGAAAACAUUAUUUUUACCAUCUAUAGGUAACUCUGUAAAUGAUUACUUAUCCUAGAGACAGCCUGUGGCAGUAUAAGCUGUUUAUUCAAUUGUAUUUCUUUCAUAUACAGUAGAACCUCUCAUUAAUAAACCUGUCAUUGAUGAAUUUCAACCAAAAUUUGGCUGGACAGAAUGGACAAAAGCCCAUAUUCCACAUUUUGUCUGUAGUGUUAAUGUCUUGUUGUCUUCUGGAGUAUCAGGCCAAGUCUGCUUUCUCCAGUACUUGUCCAGUAUGGGCCAAAGCAGCCAUGUUCAGGACCACUUUAUUGCUUGCUUGUGUUCACUUACUCAUAUACUCAUAAGUCUCUAAUUUUCCCUGGAUUUAGAGCAUUUUGUGUGACUUUAUUGACAUAUUAAGUAAAGUGUAAUUAACAAGUGGUGGUGCCUAGAGAAAACAUGGUUCUCAGUGUUAGGGAGACACUUGAAUUAAUAAAGAAGAUUUAAUCUGGCAUCUCAGCCAUCUAUGUCUCAUCAGCUCUUUACAUCAUCUUAGCCAUCUCUCCACCACAAAAAAUGUAAGUAAAAUUACUAUAAAUUACAUAGAGUACGAUGAAAUUACUAUACAGCACAGUAUACUGUAUUGUAGUACUACAGGUUACAGUUCCCAUAUUUUUAGUGUUCAGUUAUCCUCUGCAUCAGCGGACAUCUAAGUAAUUUUGAAUUAUUAAUUUCAUAAUUUGGGAGUUGUGGACACUCAGGAUUCUUGUACACCCCCUUCUCUUAUUAGUCCAUUAAUGAGAGGUUUUACUCUACUGUAUUUACACUAACAAGAACAUAAAUGUAUUACCCAAUGUAAUUUUUGUUGACUAAGAGUUUUGGAGAAAAGACCAUCUUCAGUUGUAAAAAACUUUUAGUUUAGUGUACUGUCUCUUGACUGGAACACUUUUCAGUAAGGGCACUUAUCUUCAGGGUAAGGUGAGACAUAUGAGCAAGUCUCCUUCCAAUUGCUGCCCCCUAUUCAACUAACAGUAAACAAAUACUGAGAAGUUGACCUGUGGGUCACAUCCUAAAGAAGAGGUUCUAAGUACCCCACUGAAAAUAAGCCACACUGCUUAUUUCUUGGGUUAUCCUAGAUUAUCAUCAUCCUAGGUUUUCUUGAAAGCUUUUAAAGUUUACUUCCUAGUAGAAGCAUGGUCUCUGUAAUACUACAUUGAGAGAAAAUUACCACUCAUGGCAUCCAGGUUCCCUAGAGCAUGUUGAUCAUUGUAAGCCAGGAAUUGUUAUGUCAGUUAGCGAAAAUACUUUAAUUCAGAACAGAAGAUUUUAUUAAACAUGAAGUAAUAUUCCAGUGUGAAGCAGGAGAAAGCAACUAGAAGUGACAGUGAUUUUUUCAUAUAAUUACAUUUGAUUGUAAGAUAAAUGUGUACCAGCUCGUAGAGUACAUUAUAUGGAUUACAUAAAGGAAAAAAUAAUAGCUGAAUUUUACAAGGUCUUCUGAGGGUUGGAGACUGUAAUAAGUAACAACGUUUCACCUUUUAGGAACUGUAGUUGAUGUAUGCCAGAAUAAAAAUGGAUUUAUUUACUUUUUAUCAUAUUCUCUGAUUUCUUAAAACUACAUUGUGUUGCUGGGAUGCUUUCUUUUUCUUUUUUAUUUAUAUUGUGCAAUUUAAAUA